CCCACCACCCAGGGCCACGGUGGCUGCGGCCGCUACCAACCCCGCAUCCGCCGCUCGGGGCUGGAGCUCUACGCCGAGUGGAAGCACGUGAACGAGGACUCGCAGGAGAAGAAGAUCCUGCUCAGCCCCGAGCGCGUGCACGAGGUCUUCAAACGCAUCUCCGACGACGAAUGCUUCGUCCUGGGCAUGGACCCCAAGUUCGCCCGCCCCGAGUGGAUGGUCUGCACCGUCCUGCCCGUGCCGCCCCUCGCCGUGCGCCCCGCCGUCGUCAUGCAGGGCUCGGCGCGCAACCAGGACGACCUGACCCACAAGCUGGCCGACAUCGUGAAGAUCAACAACCAACUGCGGCGCAACGAGCAGAACGGGGCGGCCGCGCACGUCAUCGCCGAGGACGUCAAACUGCUCCAGUUCCACGUGGCCACCAUGGUGGACAACGAGCUGCCCGGCCUGCCCCGGGCCAUGCAGAAGUCGGGCCGUCCCCUCAAGUCCCUGAAGCAGCGGCUGAAGGGCAAGGAGGGCCGCGUGCGGGGCAACCUCAUGGGCAAGCGCGUGGACUUCAGCGCCCGCACGGUCAUCACCCCCGACCCCAACCUGGCCAUCGACCAAGUGGGGGUGCCCCGCUCCAUCGCCGCCAACAUGACCUUCGCCGAGAUCGUCACCCCCUUCAACAUCGACAGGCUGCAGGAGCUGGUUCGUCGCGGGAACAGCCAGUACCCGGGCGCCAAGUACAUCAUCAGGGACAACGGGGACCGCAUCGACCUCCGCUUCCACCCCAAGCCCAGCGACCUGCACCUGCAGACAGGAUACAAGGUGGAGCGGCACAUGUGCGACGGGGACAUCGUCAUCUUCAACCGGCAGCCGACGCUGCACAAGAUGUCCAUGAUGGGGCACCGCGUGCGCAUCCUGCCCUGGUCCACCUUCCGCCUCAACCUCAGCGUGACGACCCCGUACAACGCGGACUUUGACGGCGACGAGAUGAACCUGCACCUGCCGCAGUCGCUGGAGACGCGGGCGGAGAUCCAGGAGCUCGCCAUGGUGCCGCGCAUGAUCGUGACCCCGCAGGCCAACCGGCCCGUCAUGGGCAUCGUGCAGGACACGCUCACCGCCGUGCGCAAGUUCACCAAGAGGGACGUCUUCCUGCAGCGGGUAUGGG